UGAUAGGUGGCACUGAUUGGCAGCACUGAUAGGUGGCACUGACUGGCAUUGAUAGGUGGCACUGACUGGCACUGAUGGGUGACACUGAAAGGCAGCUCAGAUGGGCACUGAUAUGUGGCAUUGAUGUGCACUGGUAGGCACUGAAAUGCGGCAUUGAUGUGGCACUGAUGGUCACUGGCAGGUGGCAUGGAUGAGCACUGACAGCUGGCACUGAUGGACACUGACAGGUGUCACUGCUGGGGCUACACAGAUCAUCAGGGCAUACUAAUCAUCAGUGCCCUGAUGAUCACUGUCAUAUUGACAGCUCGUGAGGAGAGAAAUGCCGAUAACCGGCAUUUCCCUAUUUACAUGCGAUCAGCUGUGAUUGGA